AUGUCGACACCUCAUAGAUCUCAUAAACGACAGAAAUCUUCUGUUCUGAAUCCAAGUCUCCUAUUCAAACAGGAGCAAGACCAGUCUCAACCCCAGUCUCUGCCACCACAUCCAUUACCAUCACUCAGUCAUUUUCAUGCGCCGCAACCUACAAGCACUACUGAAAAUGACCCAUACUCUAGUUUCAGCUUGCCGUCAUCCAAUGUUGGCAGUAACAUUCAGCGGCCGCUUCCUAUACGAGAAUUUCAAUACGAACCAUCACACUCUCGUACUGGAUCGUCAUUGCUAAAGCGUGGGGCUUCGAUUGCGUUCAAUUCAACUGCAGAAACUCCACCUCUACCGAUCCCUGCAACAACGACAACAACUGCCCAAUAUCUGCAACAACUGCAACAACAACUGCAACUGCAACUGCAACAACAGACUGCAACAACAUAUUACUACUCUUACGGCCACACUGACUCCUCUGAACAGUUUGCAACACUGGCACCGCCUACAAGUUCAUCCUCAACAGCUGUAGCACAAGGUUACCAGCAAUCGCAUCUUCAGCAAUCAACAAUGGUGCCAAUAUAUGGAGCACCAUUGCUACCUACAUCCAACAUUGGUGGCCAAGUGACCUCAUCACUAGCAUACAAUGUGUUCCCAUCAACUACUGCAUAUACCCCGAUUGAGAAUUUUCAACAACAGCAACAGCAACAACAACAACAACAAACGCAGCCAGGAAACGUUUCCAUAUACUCACAACCAUUUUCAACCCUGAGUUCAACAGUUGGUUCAAAGUUUCAACCUGCUUCAACAUUUCUGGCAUCUACAGCACCAUCUAGCUCAGUGCCGGCGGUGCCGACGGUGCCUCCACAUCUUCUUGGAUCUUCAAAUACUGGAACUAAUGCAAACUCAUCCAUUAUUUCAGCCGGAGUGUCCAAUGCAGUCUCUUCUCCGUCGAGACAUCAAAAGAAUAACCUUUCUAUAUCAUCUCACCUUACUUUGUUCAGCUUGAAUAGCAACAACACUCCAGCAGAUACACUUGAUUACCAGAAAAGAGCUAUUGGAGCUGACACUACACUCGUCCUUAAUGACUUACUCCAUUCACUUAUUGGGGUUGAUGGAUCAAACAUCAACAAUUUCCUAUUGACGAUUCUUUACAAAAUCAACUUACCUUUUCCCUUGGAUGAUUUUUACAAUUUACUAUAUAAUAGUGAUAGACAAAGGCCAUACAUUAGCAAUUUCAAUUUCCACCUGAAACUAGACAGAACACCUGUAUCUCCAAGUAGCACAGAAAUCAGUGUUUAUGUGAUAAAUCUGAUUCUCAACACCUUUAAAAAUCCAACAUCCCUAAAUGAAAUUUUCCCUACUCAAGAGGAAAAGGAGAAUAAAUUGGUCAAUAUAAAUUAUCACGAGCUUUUGCGAACAUUUCUUGCAAUUAAGAUCUUGAAUGAUAUCAUGAUACAAUUACCAUUGAGUGCAGAUGAGGAUCCUCAAAAUUAUUUUAUUCCUAGAUUAUCCAUCUACAAAACUUAUUUCAUAAUCUGUCACAAGCUAAUUGCAAGCUAUCCAAGUUCUUCAAACACUACAAACGAACAGCAAAAAUUAAUUUUGGGACAAUCCAAAUUGGGAAAACUAAUCAAAUUGGUAUAUCCCAACCUUCUUAUAAAAAGAUUAGGUAGUCGUGGGGAGUCAAAGUACAACUAUUUGGGGGUUGUUUGGAAUGAAAACAUAAUCAAUGACGCAAUGAAACAAUUGUGUGACCAACAUGACAUUUCUGAUCUAAAUGAAAUAUUCAGUAGCGAGCAAAGCGGAAUUAACAAACCUAACCCUUUUAUGCCGGCACCUUUAGGUGCACCGCCUGCAGAUGUUAUACCAUUAUUGAAUACACCUAGAAAAGGAAGUCGUGGUAGUGGUGGCUCUGGUGGUGGACAAGGUAGUCACGGUGGUGGUGGUGGAGGUGGUGGUAGACAGGGUAGUCACGGUGGUGGUGGCCAUAGACGAAGCAUAUCCAAACAAAGAACUCGGUCCGGAGAUAUUGGCAUUCCCGAAACAAUACUCUCUGAAGGACCAGUUAUUGCUCAUGACCCAAAAGAUAUCCCUGACUUGACUAAUAAGGACAAGUCUGCGACAUAUCCGAUAACAUCUCCAAGGCUAUCAUUUGUUAAGCCGUUCUUGAUGUAUCCGUCUGAAACAACUUUUACUGUUUUGUCCAGACACAGUGAAGGAGAGAAUUGGUUUCAAACUCUUCUUGAUCAAUUAUACACUAAAAGUUCAGCAUUUAAUAGAGAUUUAAUCCAGCUGAUACUUUUGAAUAAUUCCAACUUGCAUACUAGCUCCAGCAUAUUGAGAAACUUGUUGGACUCUGUCAUAUUACCAUUGAUUUAUAAAAGAAAUGAUGAUACAAAUACUGAAUAUACAGAAAGACAACACGAGAAAUUGGAUCUAAUGUUGUACCUUAUCAUCAUAUUAGAAGUAUUACCUCACCUAUUGCUAAUUAAGGCUUCAGCUGAUAUUAAUCUUUUAAAGAAUCUUCGUUUAAACUUAUUGCAUUUGAUCAACAACUUCAAUGUUGAAGUUAGAAACAUCAACUCGCAUCUAUUUCCACUGUCAAAUUCAACCAUUUUUCUUAUCAUUUUAAAGAAACUUAUCAACUUGAAUGACUUGUUGAUUACAUUUAUCAAGCUUAUUAGUAAGAAAUCGUCACGGAGUCUAAUGUUAUCUGAUAUUGAAAAUUUUCUCAAGAUGAGUUCACAAACAAUGAAGUUUGAAGACAAUUCCACCAAUAAUAAUCCGCUGAAUUUCUUUUUUAAUUUGAAUACUACAUCGAUGGGAGAGGUUAAUUUCAAUUUCAAAAAUGAUAUUCUUUCAAAUGAUUUAAUUUAUACAUUGAUUGGGUAUAAUUAUGAUCCCAAAGUUAACGACGAGUUGAAAUCAUCAAUAUCAAUGAAUUUUAUAAAUGAUGAAAUCAACAUUGUUGACGAGUUUUUCAAAAAUGAUUUGCUUAUGUUUUUAACUUCUGAUUACGAUUAUGGCGACGACUCGGAAAGUCAUAGAAGGCGUGAGUCUCAAGCGUUGCAUGAAGAAACUGAAACAGAAGAGACUCAAGCUGACACUUUACCCUUCCAAACUGGGGUUUCACUAAAUGCACCCACAUCACAAGACUCAAGUAGUGCAGAAACAGUAUUGACGAUAGCUGAGAUGAAUAAAUUAAAUUCACUUAUUGGUUUAAUCGAUAAGAAAUUGCUCUCGACUCAUUUCAAGUCAAGAUACCCAAUACUAAUUUACAACAACUACAUUGCAUACAUCUUGAACGACAUUCUCAAGUACAUUUUUCUUAAACAACAACAAAGCCAAUUACAGCUGCAACAGCAACAGCAGCAACAUUGGAAGAGACUGAAUGAACAUAUGGGUGGCAGUGGCAGUAGCAGUGGCGUAGGUGGUGUUGGUAGUAGUAGUGGUGGUGGUAGUGGUGGUAAUGGUGGUGAUGGAGGCAACAGCAGUACUGAUCCACAUGGGUCUUCACAACAACAAAGUGGACAUGGCGGAGGUGAGAAUAGUUUUGGAAACUGGUGGGUUUUUAACUCCUUUAUCCAAGAGUAUAUGAGCUUGAUGGGUGAGAUUGUUGGCCUUCGCGACUGCAUAAACCAGUAA